AUGCAUCCAGCAUGUGCAGCAUGCAAACAUCAAAGGAAGAAAUGCAGUGAGAAUAAUUGCAUAUUAGCCCCUUAUUUUCCAGCAAAUAGAAGCCGUGAGUUCCAUGCAGUGCACAAAGUUUUUGGUGUUAGCAACAUAACUAAGUUAGUGAAGAGUGCAAAGGAAGAAGAUCGAAGAAGAGUUGUUGACUCAUUAAUUUGGGAAGCAUGUUGUAGGCAAAGAGACCCUAUUCAUGGUCCUUAUGGAGAGUACACAAAAGUUUACAAUGAGUAUAAGAAAGUCUUUAAUGAACUUAAGAUAUUUAGGGGCCAAAAUACUAAUACUAAUACUAAUAAUAAUAAUCAUCAUCAACUAUUGCAAAUGCCAUUACCAUCAUCUCAUCAUCAAGGACUAAAAUCCGUACAAGAUUUGAUUAUGUGCAAUAAUAAUAAUAACACUAAUAAUGGGAAUAAAGGGAAACACAAAGGCGAAGAAGUUGAUAGUAAUAAUACUAAUAAUAACAAUAAUGGUAACAACUCAUUGGAAUAUCAUCAUGUUCAUCAUGAUGAGAACAAGAACGAGAUUAUGGACUCUUCUACUACUAUUUAUAAUGCAUAUUGUUCAAAUUAUUUGCAUGAUUUGGAUAAUAUGAUGAGGCAGGAGGUUGUCAUCCCAUUUCAGCAGCACUCUCAAACAUACUAUAUUACAGGUAAGUCUUGA